CCUAAAUGGGGCCACAGCUGAAACAUCAGAUAAUAUUUCUAAUCUCACCAUACUUAUUGUGGUUCCUCCCAACUCACUUUCUUUCUCUUAUGAUCCCACUUCUCUUGUUGUUAUCUUCUCCAUCUCCUACAUAGCAUAUCACUCUACUGAAGAACUUAAGAGCAGAACCACGGUUUCCAAAGUUCAAAUCUCGAGGUGUACGGCAAAAGAUGGUAGUUCAGAGUGAAGUAAUGACUGACAUAACAUCUAACCAAGAUCAAGCCACACAAAAUACAAAUUCGAACAUGGACGACAGCAAUCGAGGGUGGUUAAAACUGGGUUUAGAAGCAAAGCAGUUGUGCAUAACUGAAGAACUGAGUUCUUCAAGACCAAUUCCUGCUAAAAUUUUCUCAUGCAACUUCUGCAUGAGGAAGUUCUUCAGUUCUCAGGCUCUAGGGGGUCAUCAGAAUGCACACAAGAGAGAACGAGGAGCAGUGAGAAGAUUUCAAUCCAAACGGAUGAUGUCGAUGAUGGAAUUGCCCAUCAAUCCACUAAUGCCACGAUCACUCGGUGUGCAUCCCCACUCACUGGUACACAAAGCACAAAGAGAAGACUAUGCAUUAGCUGGAAGAUUAAAAUGCUCAAACAUAGGAUUUCCCAUUUCUUGGAACCAAAUAAUAAUGGACAGCACAACAGAUGUGAUGUGGCCUGGGAGCUAUCGCGUAAAUUUGCAACCUGUUGAACAGCAAGCAGAGGAAUCAAACCUUGAUUUGAAUCUUCGGCUCUGAAUGAAGUCCAAGCAACCUUCCUGCUUCACCAGGUUUCUGAACAAGACCGUACCCUUUCAAUGAACCAAGCCCCUACAACUUCGAUGUCCAGGUUGAUCGCUCCCCGGAGCAAAAUUCAGAAGUGAUCCUAAGAUCCCUAUCCUCUAAAUGUUCAUAAAGUUUAACUGUACAAGUUUCCAUUAGGUAGACAACUCGAUGCCCAAUAAUCCUGAAUUUGCUCAAGUACUGUACUUUAUAUAAUCAACUCAGCAAUUAUUGUAUAUGAUAUUUAUGGGUAUGUAAAAACCAGUUCCCUUUGAAUUAUGUUCACUACUUUUCUUCCUUAA